AUGUUUACCCCGCACGCUGGCCGACCCCAUAAAUCGGCGGUUCCCCCACUCCAACUCUUUCGUCCACCGUCACCAGCCAUGACCUCGAAACGACUCCCGCUUAGCUGCGAGAAUUGCCGCCACCGCAAAAUCAGAUGCAUCAGCUCCAGUCAUACUCCACCAUGUGAUACCUGUGCACGCCGUGGCUAUGCAUCCAGUUGUCGCUUUCGCCGACAGGACAACAAUCCUCCAACUAGUACCUCUUCGCUAGAAGACCUCCUGAGACAAAAUAUUGCUGUGACAACAGCACUGCUCGAACAGCGCAAUGGAAAUCGACUUCUUUCCCCGGAUUCGAGUCCAGGUGUGCCCCAGCCGAUCGAGGAGCCCCCGCCCGCCCAACAAUCAGGGCGCUUGAUUGUCUCGCCCACGAACCACGUCCGCUUCGUCCCUUCGAAUGAUCUUGGCGACUCAGACCUACUUAAUGCUUUACACGAGUCUAGUCCCGGCUUCCCAACCGGCUUUCCUUUCUUCGAGCAACCCGGCGGCAUAUCCGACGAGCUACUCGACAUGCUCCCUCCCCUCCCGCAACUCGAGCAACUCAAAUCAGCCUAUUUCGCCGUCUUCUCGCCCCUCUUCCACAUCCUCCACGAUCCCACCUUCCACGCGCGAUACCAAGAAUUCACACAAAACCCAAAGUCCGCUCCGUUACCCUUCCUAUCCCUCCUCUUCGUCAUGCUCAGCCUCUCAGUCACCGCCCUCUCCGACACAGAUCCUCUCCUCGCACAUCUCGGUCGCGACCCGUCUCCAGGAACAAACAUCCGCGCCCUCUCUGCCAAAUACCGCGCCGCUGCAAUGCGCUGCCUCGUUGCAGAUAACUUCAUGUUCCGUCAUAACCUUUGUACCGUGCAAGCGCUCGUGCUGCUGAUCUAUGCGAUCAACCACGCUCAGGGACCGGCUUGGUCGUUGCUCGGCACCACAUUGCAUAUUGCUGUUGCGAUCGGGUGUGCGGUCGAUCCGGCGCGACUAGCUGGUGUUGACUUGGUCGAGGCAGAAGAGCGACGGAGAUGCUGGGCUGCGCUGAGGAUGCUAUACACGAUUCAGAAUACCUGUCUUGGGAACCUAAUGCCGUUCCGGAUCGAGGCGCAGGUCGAUCUACCAGCUGAUGUUGAAGAUGAGGAUUUGACACGGUUAAAUGGAGAGUUUACGCCAGAGAUGGCAAUGGCGAGACCUCCGACGAAAAUGACCUACCUCCUCUACAAAUUCCGCCUGUAUAAUCUCGCCUUUGACAUCUGUCAACUUACGUCGCACGAUAACGCCAAAACCGAGUCGCUCGACGCGCAAAUUGCCCAUGAACAGCAAUGCCACCUCCUGCGCUUCUCUCAGCAUCCCUCUGAUCAAAAUCUAGAGCUCGAAUCCUACCACCAAGCGCACUACUACAUCCUCGCCAACUACACAAACCACCUCGCCCUCCUUUUACAUCGCCGCUGGCUCGCUCCUGGUGGGGAUACCCAGAGUACAGCACGCUGCGAAAAGUCUGCAACAACAAUCCUCGCUAACUUCAUCAAACUGUCCGAGACAUUCGAUUUCCGGUCGUACCGUUGGUACGUCAACGGCUUGGGCUCUUUCUACGCAUUCUUCUCUAUAACGACGCUCCUCAUCCUACAUGGGAACGGACAACUUACACCUUCGACCAAGCUCGAGACCAUCGAGCUUAUCCUGCAGUGCGUGGAUUUGCUCAAUGCGAAUGCGCCUCGGAGCCCCGUUGCGGCGAAAGCGGCCGAUAUUUUGAGCCCGAUCGUACCGCACUUGUUUCCGAGUUUGUCAGGCCAGCCGGGUCAGCCAAGUCAGCCAAGUCAGCAGCAGCCACAUUUGCCAACGGCACAGGCUGAAGGAGCGUUUAUGUUCGAUUCCUUCCCCGAGCUGGGGAAUCUGUUCUAUGAUGUUCCGGUUGAGCAGUGGCUGACUCCCAGUGGGUUUCCGUGGGUUGUUUCGUAG